ACAUGGCUGCCUGUGGGCUGUUUCGCUCCUUGUCUUCCAGCGCUGCCACAGCUCUGCCUCUUCUCUCCCGCCCGGCUCCUCUCUCCGCCCUGAGGCUGGCAUGUAAACCCUCCGUCCGGAGAACAGUGGCCUCCUCCAGCCGGUUAUCAGCAGCUCUUAAAUACACAGACAAGCACGAAUGGGUCCGAGUAGAAGAUGGAGGAAUCGGGACCGUCGGUAUCAGCAACUUCGCGCAGGAGGCUCUUGGAGAUGUAGUCUACUGUGGACUGCCAGAGGUGGGGACACAGCUGGCUCAGCAUGAUGAGUUUGGAGCUCUGGAAAGUGUAAAGGCAGCCAGCGAGCUCUAUUCCCCUUUGACUGGAGAGGUUGUGGAGGUCAACACACUACUGGCAGACAGCCCUGGGCUGGUCAACAAAUCCUGCUACAAAGAUGGUUGGCUGAUAAAGAUGACCAUCGCCAAUCCCGCUGAGGUCGACGCUCUAAUGGACGAACCGGCCUAUGAGAGAUACAUCCGCUCGAUUGAGGACUAACCUAACACCUCCUAAUAAGUGCUAUGCUCCCUCUCCUUUUUGAAACAUUGUUGGCAGGGAGAUGCACAAGAUGUGCCUGUGUCAGGAACAACACUAUGCUUAGCAUCAACCAGUGGAGCUCAUGACCUCCUGUCUGCUGACCUGCCAAUAUUGUAGAGCUGUGAGUGUUAGCAAUCCUUUAUCUACUGUUAAAAGACUGACUUAUGGGGACAUCUGCACUGACUGAACAUCUAAUGUUGAGUUCGUGCAGCCUCAAAACCCCAAAAUGAGACUGAAGCUUACAGUCAAUAGAAAAGUUUCCAAGCAUUUUAGUCAAACAUAAACUUGAAUUUCUGUCCUAGGGUAUGUUAGACUUCAAGAAGCACUUUGGUCUUUAUGGUAUUAUUAAUUAUGUUGGUCUACAUUGCAUGUAUGACAGCUACAUUGUAAACACUGGAUCUGUACAAUAGAAAAUAAACAGUUCCUUAAUCAUU